UUGAUUACAUUUUCUAUUUGCUUGCUACAUGCACAAUAUUCUGAAUUAAGUAUCCUGUUGAUGAUAAUACCGUAAAGUUUAUAAUGGCUGUAGUUAUUUGUUUCCUUUUUGGCACUUCACAAGCGUAAAGGAAAAUGUCUAUUAUGUUGGAACCUGACGAGGUAGACGAUGGAUACUUUACUCCAGUCGCAAGUACUACCUUGGCAAGCAUUUUCAAAGAAGAUUCCAGUGUUGACGCAGCAGUUAAUCCUUCCCUCAAAUACAAACCUCCUCAACUAAAGAAAACAGAAGAGUGUAGUAAGCCUGAUGAUGCUAGUACUUCACAAUGUGUGUUUUCAUGCUCCAUCAUCGCUUAUGAAUGGGUACAAGGAAACCACAAAUGUAAAGGGAAGGUUGGUUUUGCUAUGAUGAAAAUAGUAAAAAGUGGUUUGUGUAAAAUGAUACUUUACAGCCCUGAUAAGUCUACACUAUCCUGCACUACAAUCACACCACAACUAGAGGUAACUAUGUCAUCAGGAACUAUGAUAUCAUACUAUGAUGAUCAUAAAAAAUAUUGGGGGUUGUGUUUUAAUGACAAAAAUAUUGAAAGAGUCAAAGAACUAUUAAAAAAAGAAAAUGUUGCUAUUAAGCCCUACAUAAGUCCUGAAUUUAAACCUGAGGUAGACAUACUUGAGAGUGAUGAAGCCACAAAUGAAACUGCAAAUAGCAGUACAACAGAGGAUAGCACUGCCAUGUCCGCCACAUCACAGAAUGAUAAAGCCUCCAUUCUGACCAGAAUUGCUAAUGUGGGCCAUGCAAUAUUACCAUCACUACCAGGAAGUCCUGUAAAAAAACCAACAUCAAUAGAAGUAACAAACACUCCCAACCGGCAUGGUUCAGCAGAGCAAUCAAAAGUUUUACCAGAUGUCAGCAUUGGGAAAGAACAUGAUAAUGUAUCAAUGCCAGACAUCAAUAAAAGUAUUGCAGUACAGGCAGGUCAAAAUAACGCUGAAGCAAAUAAUAGGAAUGAAUGUGGUCAAACAACAGUAACAAGUGUACCUUUAGUCAAUAAUCAAAUAUUUACUUAUGUAAAUGGAUAUAUGGUACCAUUGCAUAUGCAGGUGCCUGUCAUAGAUCAUUUUAAUGGUGCUGAUACUUGUGCAGAAAUAGAACUCAUCAUACACAAACUUACUCAUUUAAAGAGUGUUGUAAGAACAAUGGAAACGAAAUAUACACAAAACAUGGAAAAGUCCCAAAGUGACCAAGUUUUUAAGAAAAUAUCUGAUUUGGAACAGUUAAUCAGUGAAAAAAAUGAAACUAUUAAUCACCUUGAAAAUGUGAAACAGGAAUUAACAGACCGUGUAAAUAACUUGAAAGAACAAGUACAAAAAACAAACCAGGAUUUAGAAAGGAAUACAAAGCUUCUUGACAAUGAGGAGCAAGUGCUCAUAAACAGAAAGAUUAAAACUCUUAUGAACAAUACAUUCCAUUCGCUUGCCAGCAAUUUUGACAAUGAAGUUAAUUAUACUGGGAACUAUGUAAAAGGAAUAUUAGCAGCUGUUAUAAAAAAAAUUACAAUUGACUCAUUAGUAAAUUUGUUUCCCAAUGAUGCAAGUAAUUCCAACAAAGGAGAUGAUUAAGCUAAUUUAGAAAAUUGGCUAUAUGAAGGUAUAUACUGAGAAUUAAGUCUGACUACCUUUAACUUAACAUUAACAUCUUUCAUCAUCCAUUCAUCUAUUUCUCUCGCUAUCACUCUUGCAAAUUAAAGGGAUAGACAAAUAGAGUCAAAGAAUUUUUACCUUGAUUUGUAAUUGAAGCAAUAUAAUAGAUUUGAAUCGAAAUAAUUGAAACUGUAAAACUUACAAAAGUACAUUUCCUCAAAUUAGUUUUUGGUCAAUCUUAAAAUUUAAGGCAAUGAUUGAAGGUUUGCACAGUGCCUUUCAGACUUAAUCCUUCAUCUCCAUCUUAUGAGAGGAAUACUCACAUAGAAAAACACUCACGGUAUGACAUGACUUGCAGUAACGUGAUCAAAUGAGAUUAUAAAUAAUACAGUUCAUACUAAUUCAAAUAUAGGGAAGUGCAACACUGAAACUAUAAGCAAUAAGUAUUCCAAGUUAACUCUACUAGGCUAAGGAAUAACAUGUAUACAAGGUUUUUAUUAAUUAUAAUUAUAGCUUAU